AUGUUCUUUAAGAAGUCGACUUUCGCUCUGGCCUUCGUGGCCCUCGCUAGCAUCGCCUCUGCUGCCACGACUCCGGCCUGUCUUUUGUCCGUCAUUGGGGACACCAACAACCCGGCCAACCUUGUCGCCAUCUGUGGUGAUGACGCGAAGAAGACCGAGUCUGCUAUUUCCGACCAGUGCGGCAGCGGUGCCGACUCGGCCCUAAAGUUCUUCGCUAAUACCUGCACUGAGAAUGGUCACAAAGUUGUGAUCUCCGAUUCCUCGAACUCCACCAGCACCUCCGGCAGCGCCACUGCUACUGGAACCGGCUUCACUACUGCCGUCUCGACCUCGGGCUCCCAGGCCACUGGCUCUGGCUCCGGUGCUUCUAACACCAGCAGCUCGUCGGCUCCUGGCGCGGUCCACACUGGUGCCGCUAUCUCUGAUCGUCAACUGUCCGGCACUACCCUGGCUGCCGCCGUGUUCGUGGGCGUUGCUGCGUGGCUGUGA